GUUCUGUAAAGUUUUGAUUCAAGUUCUUUUUGAAGGUAUACAAUUAUCCUCUAGAGUACGGGCCUUCGCAUCUACGAGCAUCAUUAGUGUUCUCUCGGUGCCAUUUGAAUUCAAAGGUUGUUUGAAGAUCUUCUUUUACCCUCUGAUUUAUCUGAUCAAAAAGCAUGAUUUGUCGUUCCAGUGUUCAUUAUCAACAAGAGUUAUUUGCAAUCAGCUUCAUGGUCAUCAUAAAACGUCAUCAAAUCAACUGACGUAACAAGUGAUUCUUUGAAUAAGGUUGAGCUCACAAAGGUUUAUACAGACAUGUAUUUGAUCAAGUUUUCAGGUCAGUGACCGCAUGAAGGUCUACCAGCGUAGCUAGUGCCCUCUUUGUUCAUUAUGAAUACAAUUGAGACUUAUAAAACCACAUGAAUAUAUAUUCUCCAAGUCUCCAAGUCUCCAAGUAGCCUUUUGAGUACGGACCGUCGCAUCUACAACUGAAACUAGCGAUCUCUUGGUGCAAUUCAAUUCAGCGAUCAUUGGAAGGUCCCGUGGAACCUCCUUGAGUUGAUUAUUGGUCAUCAGAUCAACAAGCGUAACCUGUGAUUUCUUGGUUCUUCGUCAAUAAAAUUUGACUUUAAACAUCCUCGAGCAUGUGUAUUCUGCCUAACUCGGAGUUCAACGACCGAUUGAGGUUGUCAAGAACUCCUUCGUGUUUUAAGUAGAAGUGGUUCAAUUUACAAGGCUAACUUUUGAACUUUCGCACCUAUCUUCUAUCAAGUUUUCAGUUAAAUAAUGUUCCGAGAACCCUAUUGAAUGUAGGUCACUGUCAAAAGCAGCUUCAGUGUCCCCAAGAACUCUGUUGAGCGACGACGAUAAAAUCUACAAUGCCAACGAUUGAAUUCUCGUGAAAUAUUUAAUAUGGAGCAUAGCUUCAUGAAGGAAACUAUAUAUAUAUAUAUACCAAUGACCUCAAAGAGCGUUACAAACAAGGUUUAUACUCACCCAACCUCAUUUAUUUUUUUUCUGCCAAGUUUUGAGUUGUAUGACAAUGCUAGUGCUUUCAAAACUCCCUCUGAGUGGUGAUUGCAUAGUCUCUGUAUGAUCCAUCAAGUCUCGAGUUCAAUAACUCUUUGAGAGUUUCCAAGUACUCCUUUAUAAUACCUAGGUAAUCGAUUCUAUAAGGGUAAUUAAUGACGCAAGGUGAUUCCGCACGUCAGAACUUAGGUCAUUGAAAAAAGUGACAAAAUGAUGAUGCAUUCGCACGCCCUCCGUUUUACCACGGUAACUGCUUUGAUGCUGGUGAGUUAGUUAGUUAGUUAAUUUACUUUCGACACUUUACACAUUAGGAUGCUGGUGAGGUUUUUAGGUCAAAGAUUGAGGUUGGCCAAGGUCUGAAACUGAUAUGAUAACUCUCAUUGACUAUAUGGAAGAGAAAUCAACCGUUUUCUAUUCUUGUUACGAAUACGAACUUAUGCAAGGAACCUCUUACAUAAAAAGCGCCAUUCCGCCCAAUAUAUGCACUGCAGAUCUCGCAUUUGAAUUGCAUGUCCCUUGAUUUAUUCUAUCAUCAAUCAACGUGCAUGUGUCGGUCGGUAGUAAAACGCAUCCUUGCACUCGUAACUAACGUUGCUCUCACCACUCGCUCUCUCCAGAGUAGCAAGUGAAUCGACCGAACUUUCGCUCUCGCCGACGUCCGUAUCCUACUGUGGUCCGUGUUGAGUAAGGUUGUGUCGUCCUCGUUGGCGCCGCCAACGAGGGUGGCAUUUCCUUAUUGCUUUCCAACCCCCUGAUCCUGAGCUGUCGAUUUCAACGCGUGCGGGAUGAGUGGGGGGUCUCAACCUCUGGCCUCUCUGAAUGCAUGCAUGAGUGUGUAUGGAUGUGGAGGCUGCUGCAGGUUUCCCACAGGAUCAUGUUGGCUUGGGCGCUGUGAAUGGAUGCACCAGCAGUCAGUGCAUGAUGAUGAUUGUCAUCAUUCGCACUGGCCAUAAUUGUGCGGAAGACAAGCCUCGCACGGACGAUACUAACUUAGUUUGAUUGUGAGCUUAGAGAUAGGAAGAAAGUUGUUUUAUGGGUGUCAGUUUCGAUGUCUUCCCAUUCAGUUUAAGUAGCGUUGAUGUGUGAUUUAGGCUAACUUCGAUGUGAUAGAAAAUACCCAAUUGCGACCAAGAAUUCCCAAAAUAGGAUUCUAAAUUCGAUGUAGGUGGUGCAGUGCGGGUUGCAUAAGCAGUGGCAAUUUUACUCGCUAACAACCAUGGCCGGAACGCAACCACCCCGGAGCGUGACGCCGACCGUCCAGCAGGACUACGACGUGACGCGUAUGCGCGAGGAGGACUUUGAGCGGCUGGCCGUCUACAUCGUGCCGGAUGUACCCUGCGACAAGGGCGUCCCCAGCCGGGCGGACAAAACGCUGCCCCGCAGCCUGACGCUCAAGCCCUCGCUGGUCCUGUCGACGCCCACGGCAACGACGGAAGGAGUAUGGAGUACCGGAGUGAUACCACGUGGCACCCGGUUCGGGCCCUUCGAGGGCGUACGGACACCCAGCCAUCCCAGUGACAAGCAGUUGUGGCGGUAUUUCUGGAGGGUCCAAGAGCUACGACAUGUUUCCUAUGGGAAUAUCAAGAUAUUCAAAGACAGUGACUUCUACUACCUGGAUGGCUCGGAUCCAGCGCAGUCCAACUGGAUGCGAUACGUCGCGUCCGCUUACAGUUUCUCGGUGAUGAACCUGGUGGCCUGUCAGCACCAGGAGCACAUCUACUUCUACACGAUCCGUGACAUCAUGCCCAACGAAGAGCUGAUGGUGUGGUACUGCCGGGACUUUGCCAAACGGCUGGGCUACGACAUUGAUCCCGAACGGGCAACCUACUCCAUCUGCCGGGAGGAGACGCUCAAGAAGACCUACGGAGCCAUUGCCAAGGCGCCGGUACCGGCCGAAGUGGCCUAUAACCACGUCAAGCAUGUGAUGGGUCUUGGGAUCUACAUGCCGGCGAUACGGAACGCCCCGACGCCCAGUCCUUCGCCACCGGCCCCGACGCCCAGCACCACAACAGUAGUAGUUCCUUCCAAGCACCAGAUCCACCAGACGGUGCUGCGAGAGCCGCGGACUUCGGCUGAACACCAUCGGGACCGAUCGCCGAUCAGGAUAAUGAUCCGGGAACAGAGCCCACUGAGGGAAAGUGCAAAGGAGGUCGACGCCAACUCACCGAUCUCACAGAACGGCAAAGAAGGCCACUACGAGCACCAGUUGACGCCCAACGAUGGCUCGGUAAGGUCCGACGAGGGUUACCACAGCAAUGGGUACCACGAGGACGCGUUCACUCCACCGGAAGACUCCAGCGAUAGCGAGAGUGAGCACAACUACGUGCUGGAUUGCUCGAAGAAGGCGAUCGAACCCAAGGAAACCAGCGUCAGUCAGAAGGUUGAGAUUUGUGAUAAAAACGAAUACCGUAAAGUCAAAAUGAAAAUGCCAUUGAAGUACGAGUUCAAGAACAAUAAAAACUUCAAAUCACCUAGCGAUAAGGAGGAAAUGGUGGAAGAAGAGGAAGUCGUAACGACCAGGGAGGUAACUCCGGCCACAAGUACAGUGAUCGUGGUAGAUACCUCACCAGAAACGACGAUCGUUCCCCUAACCAAAACGUAUUACGAAGCGGAGACGUCCACAUCUCCGGCAACCUACAUCCGAUACUCUCCGCCAAGUUCAAGUAUUCUGGAAACGAUCCUCACCGGCAGCCGACCCCAGGUGGAUGAUCCUCACCGAAGGCAACCGAACGCUACGCCCCCUCCAACCUCCCCCACAGAAAUGGCCUAUUCGUACAAAAAGUCUCAUCGAUACGGUACCGCAUGCAGUCCAGACUCGAGUUCACAGAACGCCGAACGGGAAAUGGGCGAACUUGUACCCCAUAUGCUACAGGAAACCAAGAUCAUCAGCGUCGAUCACCGAGAAUCUCAAUCGCCAACCCUGGUCUACAGCAGUGAGCAUCGACCGCAGUCGUCCCAUUCACCCGGACCCUACGAACCUUCCCCGCAUGGUUACGCCAUCUAUCCCUCGCCAAACGGAACUGUGAUCAAUAACGCUUCCAGUUCGACCUACUCGCCACCCCUGAACGGUGGCCAUUACGAGAGACUGACAACGCACACAAUCCAGUCCCCACACGGAUUCGUGCAACUCCAAGCCAAGGGACAACUUCCUCUGGGACAUCCGCUGAUGCAGCCACUUCCCCCGUUAACGCACAUGUCUCCCGGAAGAUGCUCCCCACCCAGCAGCCUCAGUCCGGAUGGCGGUUCCUACUCGCGAAGUGGCAGCCCCAUGAGUCCGGGAAGUCCAGGUUCCCGAGGCUACCGUAGUCUGCCAUACCCGCUUCGCAAACGAGACGGCAAAAUGCACUACGAAUGCAACGUCUGCAGCAAGACCUUCGGACAGCUGUCCAACCUUAAGGUCCACCUGCGAACCCACUCGGGCGAGAGGCCCUUCAAGUGCAACGUCUGUACCAAAUCCUUCACCCAGCUUGCCCACCUCCAGAAGCACCACCUGGUGCACACCGGCGAGAAACCGCACCAAUGUGAUAUCUGCAAGAAGCGGUUCUCGUCCACCUCGAACCUGAAGACCCAUCUGAGGCUGCACAGCGGCCAGAAACCCUAUGCAUGCGAUCUGUGCCCGCAGAAGUUCACCCAGUUUGUGCACCUGAAGCUGCACAAGCGACUCCACACCAACGAUCGGCCGUACGUAUGCCAAGGUUGUGAUAAGAAGUACAUCAGUGCUUCCGGACUGCGAACCCACUGGAAGACGACGAGCUGCAAGCCAAAUAACCUGGAGGAGGAGCUGGCGCUGGCCGCUGCUGCCACUUCCGAGUGUAUAGACAAAGAUCAACCGGACAGUAACGAUCACCGGGAGUACUACGAGCUGCAGAACCAUCCGGCCUCCCCGGUGGCUCCCCACCAGCUGAGGCACGUAGUGGUAGGUCACGGCUCUCCUCCAACUCUCCUAGGUCUGUCCCCGCAGUCGCAACACCCCCAGCAUCUGAUCCAGGUCCACCCGGGAUCGGAAGCGAUCAUCCAGAAAGUCGGCAAACUCCCCUCCAGUGGAAGCAGUCCCACCUCCACCACAACCACCACCACCAACAACAACAACAAUCCAACCAUGGUGAAUGGGAACGUUCACUACCUGGGAGGUCCUCAGGGACCCCCUCCACAUCUUCAGCAUCACCCCCAUCUUCACCAUCCGGCGCCGCCACCUCCGAUGGGCGUCGUCAUGGGUCAUCACCACGGAGCGUCAGCUCCGCCCAACUCGACGGAACCGCCCACGAGCCGACCCAGCGUGAUCGAGUCCAGCCAACCGAUGAUCAUCGAGUGCACGUAGCUCCCGGGGCAGAUGGGCCCGGGACCUCCUGUUCGGCAAGACACUGUCAUCCAGAUGAUGUCGGGUUGUUGAGCGCGUUGUAAGAUCCAGAGGGAGUGAACGUCUGUGAAUACUAGUUCUGUAAGAGUUACACACAUGCAAACACACUCAAACCCAAACACUUUGAUCGUAGCGAUUAGAGAAGAUUGCUGAGGACACACACACACUCACACACACACAUACACACACGGCUAGCUGCUAAGAGGAAUAUAAAUUUAUAUAUUUAUUUUUUACCCCUAUUGUCAGCGCUAAUCGAUAAGAUUGAAAAAAAAGUCGCAAAAAUCAAGCAAAAACAAGCAAGCAUAAGGUUAAGUGUUCUUAAGGAUAAAACUCUAGCGUUAUACGACGAAGAUGGCGAUGACGACGAUGCAGACGGCUCACACCGUGAGCACCGUGAGACACGGAGGGAAGAAAUUUGUCGUUUCUUUGCUUUUCUUGUUUUGAGCACUGAUUGUCACUGUCGCCACCGUUCAGAGUUGGAAACCACGAUCGUUUUGUAAAUAUAGUGCCCUAAGUCACAGUGGUUCCGACGAUCAUUGAAAGGUGGAACGUGGAGUAUGAUGAAUAACUCGAAUUAAGAUUGGUAACCAGGAUUAGAUCUUUUAUUGGUCUUCUCGUUAUUGACAUGUUUUAUUAGAAUAUUUGAAAAAUUUUCUAUUACUUCCAAGAACAUCAGAUGCUUUUUUUUUUUAACUUUUACUUGAGUAACUUAUACAUUUUAUUUGAUUAGCUUCUGGAUUAGAAACUCGGGAAGCAAAUUUCAUCAGCAGGUUGAGUUGUAUUUACAGGAAAAACGAACUUCUUCCAUCAGGAUAUUAACAGUUCAACUGAGAAAGUUUGAGACGUUUCUAUCAGAUUUUUUUUUAAAUUUGAACAACAAUUUUGAUAAACUGUCAUAGUGUCAAGUUUAAACAACUAACACAAAAUGUUUAAAUAAAAUUUCUAGAGAAGUUGAAUCAACUUCGUUACGAAAGUUUGAAUUAUUUUCCUGUAGAAUAUUGACCAAAAUUUCCCUUCAAAGUUUGAAAAACGUUUAUCAAAAAAAAAACAAAAUAGUGAGAACUUUUUUAUACAAAUUUGAGAAUGUUUUCCAAAAAUUCGUGAAACUUGAUUGUUUUUUUUUAGUUUGAGCAAGCUUACUCGUGAUAUUUGUGAAACUUCUCUCAAAGGGUUCGAGCAACUUCCUAAAUUUUGAGUGACAUUUUACUGGAACUUCUAGAAACUUCCUUUUGAAACUAUGAGCAGCUUGGGUAUGUUUGACUGGAAUUUAGGCAAGUUCUCUCCAGAAUCUGCAACAAGUUCCCUCUGUAAGUUCAAGCAGUUUAUUUUUGGAAGCUUAAUCACUCUUUCAUGGACAGGUCAAACAGUUUCGCUUGAAAAGUUUGGGCAACUUUCUUUUGAAAGUUUGAACAAAUUUCCUUUAACUUACCUUUCAAAUGAAAUUUGAGAAACUAUCGUCUGAAAGUUUAUGCAACUUUCAAGAAGAAGUUUUUACCAAAUAGUCUCUAGAAAUUUGGGCAACUUUUCUCCGAAAGUUUGAUGGAAACUAUCGAUAAUUAAAAGGGAAAAUUUUAAAAACUUCCCAAUUAACAUUCAUGCAACUUACCUCUAGAAGUGUAAGCAAUCCGAACUCGAAAAGCUUACUGAAUUGAAUCCAACUUCAUUCAAAAAGAAAGAACUACUUUCCGCUGGGAAUGAAACAUGACUUCUAAUGGAUUUUUUCCUCUGAAAGUUUGGACGAAUUUCAUCCUUGAAAUUUUUAUUCUUUAUUCACUUAACCUAAUUUACAGCUCUAUUGUCCACUUGGGCACUACGUGAGCAAUUUCAAUUGACAGCUGCACUUACAUUUUGUACAGCGCCUAGAUUAUAUUCUACUUUAUCGAACUGGUUGCCUUUCUGCUGCUUUCACUUUUUCUACUUUAUACCUAGUAGAAUGAUGAGUAGCAGUUCGCCGAUGUCCAGGUAUCCAGGUUCGUUUGAGUCAUGGGGCUCAGAAGAGGGUCAGUGUCAGUUGCUCUCGGGGGAAAAGCAACUGACGAAAAAUUGCAAAUGCUGGGGCUGGGAAUCAAACCCAUGACCAUCCACGUGUGACCAACUACGCCACGGGCCCCGGCAUCCUUGAAAUUAACUAAGAGUUUUCAAAUAAAAUUUGAUCAACUACCAUCUGAGCGAAUUUGAGGAACUUUGAUUGAUGGAUUUGAAGAAAUGAAAAAUUCUAACGGAAAAACUUGACCAAUUUGUCUCUGAACAUUUGGGCAACUUUUCUCCGAAAGCUUGAUAAAAAUUUUGUUUUAUAUAUGGGAAAUAUUGCAAAUCUUGCAACCAAAAGUUUAGGCAACUCACCUCUAGAAAUUCGAGUAAUUUGAACUCAAAAGGCUUAUUUUCUUUUGAUAGAUGGAGCAAAUAUCCACUAGAAAUUGAAGUUGACUUCCCAUGGAUUUUUUUCUUCUAGAAUAUUAGCAAUUUUUCUCAAAAAAAACUAAUUCAAAAAAAAAAUACCUAAAGUUAAUGACAUCUGACGAAUAUUUGAGCAACUUGCCUCUUGAAAUGAAAGCAACUCUCGCAUUAGAGCUAGAGACUUUAUCUGAGAGCUUGAAAGCUUCCUUCUACAAUUUAGAGCAACUCCCUUGCAGCGGUUUGAACAAAUUUCACCUUGAAAUUUUAACAAAGUAUUUGUGAAAAAAUAUAAAUAUCUCUGAAGAACUAUGACCUAUGAAAAUUCUCUGCAUGCUUGGGAAUUUUCCCCACGAAGGUUCUGGAGAAUUUCUUCUGGAAGUUUGAGAAACAUCUUUUUGAGUUUGAGUAUCCUUGGUCAGGACGUUUGAGCAAACUUCUUUGAGCAAUUUGAGCAACUCCUGGAGAUUUGAGGAACUGCUUCUGGACCUUUGAGGAACUUUCUCUGGAAGUUUAGGCAACUUCCGUCUGUAAGCCUUUGUUAGAACUUCCCUGAGUUAAUUUGAGCUACUUCUCUCCGGAACAAACAACCUACGUCUGGAAGCUUGAGCAACUCUUCCUAGAUAGAGCUAUUCCAUUCUAGAAGUUUGAGCAUCUCCACCUAGGAACUUUUAGCACCUUUCUUCUGUAAAUUCAACAAAUGUCCCCCCAAAAAUUUGAACAACUUUAUAAGAAACUUUUGAGCAACUUUGUGGGAAACUUUCUUACUAGAAGUUUCAGAAACUUCUUCCCGGAAAUUUUGGCAACUUCUACCUGAAAGUGGGGACAGCUUUUCUCCGAAAGUUUUGGGCACUUCAACUUGAAAGUUUUAGCAACUCAUCCCCGAAAGCGUAACUUAUAGCUUGGGAGAUUUGAGCAAUUUCCUCCAAUGAGUUUUAUCAUCUUUCAAUGAUAAAUUGUCCUAUUUACUCAUUGAAAGAUUGAGGAAUUUCUCGCUGCAAGCUUGGCCAACUGGCUCUUGGAAGCUUGAACAACUUUUCAGUGAAAGUGUGAGCAGUUUUUAUCUCGAAAUUUAAGACUUUUUCUGGAACUACCAUCUGGAUGUAUGAACAGCUUUUCUAUGUAAGUUUUAGCAACUUCUUGCUGAAAGUUCAUACAACUUUCCGUGAAAUGUUGGGCAACUUCUUUUAGGAACUAUUAACAAAUUGUUGAUGAAGGUUUGUACAAUUUUCUCCAAAAGUUUUCAAAAUUUAACCAUGGGAAAAUAGAGUAUCUUUUCCUUGAAAAUUUUUGAAAUUUCUCGCUGCAUGCUUGAGUAACUUAUUCUUGGAAAUUUGAGCAACUUUUCUAAGGAAGCGUGAGCGAUUUCACUCUGGAAUGUUGAGCAUUUUCUUUAUAGACGUUUGGGCAACUUCCAUAUCCAAGUGUAAGCUGUUUUCUUCGGAAGAUUGAGCAAUUUCUCUUCGGAAGUUGGAACAACUUCUCUUCGGAAAUUGAGCAACUUCUUCUAGGACUUUCGAAGAACUUCUCUCUUGCAGAUUGAGCAACUUAUUUCAAGAAGUUUUAUUAGCUUACCUCUGGAAAUUUGAGCAAUUCUAGCUUCGAAGCUUAAGCAACUUAUUCUAUGAAGUAAGGGCAAUUUAUCUCUGGAAGUUUGAGCAACUUGCAUCAGGAAGUGUGAGCGGCUUUUCUAUGGCAGUUCGAUAAACUUCUCCUUGGAAGUUUGAGCAACUUCUUAUAGGAAUUAAUAACAAUUCUUCGCUGAAGAUUUGACCAAUUUCUUCCAUCUUUCCACAGGAAAUUCAAGUGUUUUUUUUUUUGGUAUUUUGUGAAAUCUCUCGCUGCAAGUAAGAGCUACUUCUUCUUGAAAGUGUGAGCAAUUUCUCUCUGGAAGUUUGAGAAAUUUCUGUACAGAAGCUUGAGCAACUUUUAUCUGUAAGUGUACGGAAGUUUGAGCAAUUUCACUACUAAAGUUUUAACAAGUUCUCUUCGGAAAUUUGAGCAACUUCUUCUAGGAAAUGCGAACAACUUCUCUCCUGAAGUUAAAGCAACUCCUUUCAAGAUGUUUUAACAGCUCACCUCUGAGAAUUUGAGCAGUGUUAGCUUGGAAGUUUAAGCAACUUAUAUCUGGAAGAACGAGAAAUUUCUCUCUGCAUGUUUGAGCAACUCAUUCUUGGAAGUUAACGCAACUUAUGCUUGGAAGAAAGAGCCAUUUCUUUUUGGCAACUGAGCAAUUUGUUUUCGGAAGUUCUAGUAACUGCCAUCUGAAAUUGUAAACAGCUACUCCGAAAAAGUGAGAGAAACAUACUACGAAAUAAACAACUUUUCUAUGGAAGUUUGAGCAACUUCUCCUUGGAAGUUUGAUCAACUUACCCUUGGAAGAUUGAGCAACUUCUUCUAGAAAAAGUGAACAACUUUUCUCAGGAAGUUUAAGCAACUUCUUGUAAGUAGUCUCAACAUCUUGCUGCUGAAAGAUUAAGCAGUUUUUUCUAGGAAGUUUUAAACUUUCUGGUAGUUUGAGCAACUUUUUCCAUAAAAUGUGAAUAACUUCUCUUAAAAAUAUGUGGAAUUUCUCUCUGGAAGUUUGAGCAACUUCUGUCUAGAAUUGUGAACAGCUUUUCCACGAAACUUUGAGCAUCUUUUCUAGAAAAUCAUGAACAAUUUCUUUUUGGAAAUUUGAGCAACUUCUUCAUGAAAUUAGGAAUUCUAGAAGUACUAACAAGCUUUGAGCAGUUUAUGGUUAAAGGUUUGCAAAAUAUUUUAUUUUAAGAUUGAGCAACUUCUUCUAGGAAAUACAACUUCUUCUCGAAUCACCACGUGAAAUUUGAGUAGUUUUAGUAUGAAGCUUGAGCAACUUCCAUCUGGCAACUUGAGCAACUUCUCCAUGAAGUAUCAACGAAUAACCACGAGCAUUUUGAGCAGUUUAAGCUUGGAGGUUCGAAAACUUCUUUAUGGAAGUUUGAACAUCUUUUUCUAGGAAACUCGAUCAACUUCUCUUUGGAAUAUUGAGCAACUUCUUUUAGAAAAUGCAAACUUCUCUACUCUGGAGGUUUGAGCAACUUCUUUCAAGAAGUUUGCACAGCUCGAUACUGUAUGUUUGACCAGCUUUAGUUUAGUUUUCCAAAAGUUUGAAAAAUUUCUUUUUGGAAGUUUGGGCAACCUUUUUUUUGGAAGUAUGAGCAACUUUUUCUUGGAAGUGUGAAUAAUUUCUCUAAGAAAUAUAAGCAAUAUCUCUCUGAAAGCCUGAGCAACUUCUUUCAGGAAAUUUUAGCAAACCAUCACGAGAAGUUAUGCACUUGUAGCUUGAAAGUUUGGGAAACUUCUCGCUGCAAGUUUAAGCAGCUUACUUUUGGAAAUUUGAGCAACUUUUUUUAAAGUUUGAGCAUAUUUUCUAAAGAAAUGUGAAAAAUUUCUCUCUGGCAGUUUGAACAACUUCUCAACAAAUUGCAACGAGAUGUUUGAGCAGUUUUACCUUUACAGGUUGAAAAAUUUAUCUUUGGAAGUUUAAGCAUUUUUUUAAGAAGCUUCAACAACUCUUCACUAAAAGUUUAAGCAGUUUCAGCUUGAAAAAUUGUGAAAUUUCUUUCAGGAAGUAUAAUCAACUGAAAGUGUGAAUUAUUUCUCUUUAAAAAAAAUUGAGCGACUUCUUUCAUAAAAUUUAAGCUAUUUCUCUCAGAAAAUUUGAGCAACUUUGAGCAAAAAAAUCUUAAAAAAUCAUAACGAGAAAUUGAAACACUUUUAGCUUGAAAGUUUGAGCAACUCUUUGCUGCAAGUUUCAGCAACUUACUCCUAAUAGAGCAACUUUCCUUCGGAAGUUUGAUCAACUUCCACCUGGACGUUUGAGCAACUAGUCCCUGGAAGUGAGAAUCCACAAAGUAUUUACAACUCAUCACGAGAAGUUUGGAAAAUUUAUCUGUGGAAGUUUGAAGAACUUACUCAUGAAAGUCUGAACAAUUUGUCUUCAGAAGCAUGAGAAGCAUCAGAAGCAUCAGAAGCAUGAGAAGCAAGUGGGCACAGCUUUUCUGCGGCAGUUUGAGUAACUUUCUUUACGAAUUUUGAACAUUUUUUAAUGAAAAAAUACAUAAUAUCAAUUAAAGUUUUUAAUAAGUUUAUCAAGUGAAAUAAAGAUCUUUUCUGGGCCAAGUUUAAUCCACUUAUCAAACAGUAGAAACAAUUUAACAAGUUCAAAGAAAAUGACAAAUUUCGUCCAAUCGAUUGAGUCUAUAAUAGUUUCUUGAGAAACAAAAAUACAUCGUUAGAAAUAUACAUUUCUUUCAACUGUACAUUGCAACAAAAAGAGGUUAUGAAAAAAAAAACAUAAAAAAAUACAAAAAUUGAACAAAUCGAGUAAAUACACAUUUAAUGAACAAAGAAAAACAAAUAACAAUUAAACAAAAAUAAAACAAGUUAGCUGAAGAUCGGUGCUUUUUUCAGAUUACAAGGGAAAAACUUCGAAAAAUCUCGAAACUAUAUUUACUGGAUUUUUCGACGCAAAAGUUUAACUCUUUAUCUCACUCAGAUUUAAGGAUUAACCAAGUACGUUUAAAAAAAAAACAAGAAAAAAUUAACAACAAACAAACACACACGGCAACAGCAACAUCGGAACGUGAAACUAGGAUGAUAAGAUUAUGCAGCACAGCUGUCCUUUUUAAUAAAAACAGACACGAAUACUCUAGCUCUCGCCACAGGAGGAUCAGAACCAUAGGAAGGAACAAGCAACUAACUCCCUAACUCUCAGUCGUAUUCAAAGUAGAAAACUUUUAACGAAACCUUUGCCAACAAAUUGCAGGAAAUGAGUAGCCCUUGCCGAGGAUCUAAGUCCAAGGAUUAAAAAGGUAGAUUAGUUGCUCGUCAGCUUCGGAUUUCUUCAGAAAGUCAAUCUUUUACCAUGCAGAGGGACACUUCGAGCUGAGUGGAUGCUGAAUAUGGUUUAAUCAAGAUUUUAUCACUGCUAAAAUGUCCCUUUUGUCAAUGGGACACUCGUUUUUCGCAACUAAAUAUCUUUUCUAAUGAUACAUCUUGUUCCAAAACAUGGUUUUACGUUACUUUGCAUACAAAACAGCAUUGAAAGUUAUAGGAAACAAUUAAAUUCGAAACAUGUCGUAUUAAAUCCACGUGUCCCACAAAAUGGGACACCCGUAAACCAUCCAAAAUUGUUCAACUCCCAUUCAGCUCCAAUGUUCCUUCCACUUAAUCAACAAAGUAACUACUUUUGACUACAAAACUUAGAGCACAAAUAGUGAUUAUAAGGCUACUCUGAGCUAGUAGCUGUCCAACCCCGGAGGACCCUAACUCUGUCCCAAACUGUGACGAUUUCCGUUUUUAUUUUUCACACCAUGCCGCAAUAAGUGAAACUGCAAUAACCCACCGUUUUUAGUUGAUUCCCUCCAAUUUAAAAACCUAGAUGUACGACAAAUCGCUAUUUUGAGGCUCCCCGAAUCAUCCUUAGUUCCACCCCCCCAACGAACACGUCGUGAUGUCUGUUGAAAACAUAUUAGUUUUGUUUGUAUGUUGUAAACCAAGUGUAGGUGUAAGGCGAAAUUGUGUACUGUGUACAUUGGGAGAGAAUAAAGAAAUGUAUUAAGUGAUAAGAAAUUUUCUAUUUGAAAUCGAUCGAUAUUUGCAGCGUUGUAGCACAGCGGAGAAACAAAUACGGAACGAACCUGCUUAGGGUGGUCUAUUUUUUUUUUAAUUUAACGAUGGAACAGAAAUGUAAAAAUUGAACUUUUGUAAAAAUCGUAGAAAUGUUGAUCGUUUCACAAUCGGUUCCGUUUUAUUAGGUAGUUUGUUACUCUUAUUUUGUUUCCCUGUUUAUUUCGUCUGUUAGCAAAUCAUGACUGAUUAACUUUCGGUUCAGCAAUCGGAACGACCCCUUUAUUUGGCAAUAUGUUAGGAGCGUAGCGCAAACGUGGUAGGAUUAAAGCCAAAAAAACGAACGUCGCAAACCGAAACCUAAAUUCGCUUGUAAGCAAACACAAAAAUUCCUGUGAGAGAAGAGCAUCGACUGAUUAAACUUAGUGGAAUAUGUAUAGUAGAAACGAACCCCAAGCUCUUGAUUAGUGUUUUUGUUUUUAGUUUUAAACGAAAAAUCGGCGCGUGUUUUUUUUUAUUAUGUAAGUUGGAAACAUCCGAAGACGAAAGUAUUCUUGUUAGUUGACCUAAUCUCGAACGUUGAUUAUAUGUUUGACAGACGUGGGAAAUCACGUCAUCACUCAAACGUUAGAGAAUUAUUGAAUUUGUAGCUUUUAAGACAUCGCCGGCAGAACAUUUGCUACGCUUGGCAGCCCGUUCGUUCGGCUUACUGGAGAGUUGUACAGAUGAGACUCGUUUUUUUAAACUUCAUUUCUUACAUAGCUUGUAAGAGAAAAUCAGAAUAAACUUAGAAACCGCAACUGCAAGAGAUACGAAUGACGAAUCGGUGGGAAUCGUUGGAAAAAUUCUCAAACCUGCAAAUAUUAGCUCGUAGGAUGGCAUCAAUAGCUUGUAGGAACCAAAACAAACCAGAAACAGUACUGAAUUUGUAAAAAAAUAUUAAGUAAAAUUAACUUAAUCUUGGACUAAGAACAUACCUAAUUAUAAUCUGUAAUCUUUAACAGUAACAGUUAAAAAAACAAAUACGAUAAUAACUAUUGAAGCGGCAAUGCUAUGGACAAAACUCUUUAUAAAAAUAAAAAUCUUCAUUGAAUUUA